GUGUCCGAUGAAAAUGAAAAAACCGUUUCACGUUCACCCUCGAGUUAUUCCAUACGAGAAGAUAAAUGGCCGGAUUUGGUGGUGUCGAGACCUAAAAAAUUGGACGCAUGGUGGUCGCCGAGACGUGGAGACAACAUCGGCGGGAAAAUCAAUAACAUCUCCGCGCCGGUGAUACGCCAUUUUCAUCGUGAAAUGUUCCACCAUCGACGUAACGUGUAUCAUCAAGCGUUCGGCGGUUGUUUAGACGUAAUAUUUUGGGAAUAAUUCGUUCUAUUCGGCGAAACGUUGAAGUUUUAACACGUACGAGAAACAGUUACGAUGUUGUUACGAUACUUUCGAAUAUUGGUCGACAAAGUAUCUUUUGUAAUUCGCAAGGAUGUUUCAAUGCGAGAUGGAACACUUGUUUAAAUAAACAAGAUAUAUUACAAGAUCUCAUCCGCUAUCUAUCUUAACGAGGACACGAUUUGAGAGACAUCUGAAGAAUAAUAUCGGCAAGGAUCAAGGAUUAGAAGAGAAAGAAGAUAAAUCUGUCUGCAUUGCGGAACGACAUCGUAAUAUCAAGUUGGUUACAUUCGAUCGAUAAAGUCUCGAGGUCAUCGGUGUGAGGAAAGAGAAGGAGAAAAGACAUCGCGUUUUUCUGGAAGGAUCUUCUAUGCGGCAAGAACCCCAGAGCGGCUUGAAAACGCGACCUCCGGUCGAUCACGGUGGUCUUCAUCACGGCGGGGUCAUGCUCGAAGAGGACAUGGCCGGUGCCCAGGACACGAUUUAUCUUUGCAAUUUUCGCGUGUCCGUUGAUGGCGAGUGGCUCUGUUUAAAGGAACUUCAGGACGUUGAGUUUUCUCUGCAAGACUCGAUACAACGUUCGCCUUCGCCACCGUUACCUCUCAGUGGUAUUGAUCCUCAUCGUCAUCGGCAACAGCUGUUACCCGAGCAGCGGGAUUUUCGCGAUGCAUUACCGCCAAGUCCACCGCCGCCAUUGCGUCACGUCUCAAGCUUGUCACGAGACCCGGUGAUCAUCGAAAGGAGUAAUCUCGUAAAUAUUUCAAAGUUAAUCGUGAAAGAGCUCAUCGAAACUUCUUUAAAAUAUGGCCGCAUGCUCGAUUCGGAUCAUAUGCCUCUGCAACAUUUCUUCAUCGUUCUCGAGCAUGUACUCAGGCACGGUUUACGACCGAAGAAGGGUUUACUUGGACCCAAGAAGGAGCUUUGGGACAUCCUUCAGCUUGUGGAGAAAUACUGCCCUGAAGCGCAAGAUAUUACUUCCAGUAUUCGCGAUUUGCCGACGGUUAGAACUGCCAUGGGUCGGGCGCGUGCCUGGCUUCGAAUGGCACUCAUGCAAAAGAAGUUAGCAGACUACCUAAAGAUUUUGAUCGAUCACAAGGACGACAUUUUGUCUGAAUAUUUCGAGCCAGACGCUCUGAUGAUGAGCGAGGAGGCUAUCGUGGUAAUGGGUUUGUUGGUGGGUUUGAAUGUGAUCGAUUGCAAUUUCUGCGUAAAGGAAGAAGAUCUCGAUUGUCAACAAGGUGUGAUCGAUUUUUCGUUAUACUUGCGUAAUAGUAAUCAUAUACCCGGAGAAUCACCUGACGACGAACUCGAAAAUGACAACAUGACAACGGUUCUCGAUCAAAAGAAUUACAUCGAGGAACUUAAUCGGCACUUGAACGCCACUGUGACGAAUCUCCAAGCCAAACUCGAAACUCUAACUACGACGAAUGCUCUCAUGAAAGAAGAUCUGUCUAUUGCAAAGAAUAAUUUUCUAUCGCUUCAAGAGGAAAACAGACAGCUUAAGAAAGAAUUAGGAAUUGAAAUUAAGGAUGCUAACGAGAAUGGGAAGGCUCCUAUUAAAAUAACCGAAACUACGACGGAAAUCGAAGAGCUUAGAAGUAGACUCGAAUCAGAGAAGAAAUUGCGACAGGACACAGAGAAGGAGUUGCAAUUACAGAUAAGCAUGAAGUCCGAGAUGGAGGUGGCGAUGAAAUUGUUAGAAAAAGACAUCCACGAGAAGCAGGACACCAUAAUAUCGCUUAGGCAACAACUCGACGACAUCAAGCUGAUCAAUUUGGAGAUGUACAAAAAAUUACAGGAAUGCGAAGCUUCGCUUAAUCAUAAGACAGAACUGAUCAAAAAACUGGAGGCUAAGACACUGUCGAUGACUGAGACAUUCCAGAAACUGGAUGAACAAAUUAAGGUCGAGCGAUGUGACUUAAUUAGGCGCAAGGAAUUGGACGGAGUUAGAGCAAGGACGGAGGAGAAGGCUAAGGUCCUAGCUGCCGAGGCGGCCGAGAGGACAGCUCGAGCUAAGGACGUUGAGAGGGAACUACAUGUGGAACGAGAAUGGAGAACGUCCCUACAGGAAUCAUCGAUCUCCAACGCAGAAAGGAUUUCACAAUUACGCCAAGAAAACGAUCAGCUGAAGCAAAUAUCAGAAAAAUACGUAACGCUGCAGGAGGAGUAUUACGCGUUAAAGGAGAUCUGCUCGGAACAGGAAAGAACCCUGGAGGAACUUGGGGUGCAGUUGAGCGCAGCGAAACUGGCGACGGUCGAAUUACGUGAGGCUGCUGACAAUGCUCAAUGGCAGUCUCAGCAAGAUGGCGGCGGGACUGCGUGGGCGGACGAUCGACAGGUCACCCAUUGCAAGGGUUGUAAUCGUGAAUUCAACAUCACUCGUCGUAAGCAUCACUGCCGUAACUGUGGAAAUAUAUUCUGCAAGAGCUGUAGCGACAACACGAUGUCUCUGACUGACAACUCUAAGCAAGUACGAGUGUGCGACGAGUGUUACGUGCUGCUAGUUGGUCGAUAUUCGGUAAUGCUUUAACGUGUACUUCCUCGUAUAUGAUUAUCAUAAGAAAUAACUUGGAAGAGGAAAGAUCUACGAAGAAAACGAAGAAAGAACACCGGAAGAAGAUAUGAAAGGAGGAAUGGGAUCUCUGAUGGAGAACGACGUCUAACCUCUCCCGUUCAUUAUCUAUUCUUUGCGCGCGUUUCGAUGGACGAAAAGGAACUUGGAACUUUGCUUCUUGAUAUUUUCUGCAGUUUAGUUUUCCCUCGAAACUUUUUCUUAUUAUACAUAUAAUAUUUUUCUAACCGGGAAACGGAAAUAACGAAUUUUGUACUAUUUUCAUUUACAUACGU